AUGAAAAAUAAAAGAAAACAUAAGAUUAAACAAUUUGAAGAAAUCGAAAUUAACGAAACAUAUAAGGAUACUCCUUCAUCAAAAUAAGAAGAUAGCUAAAGUAAUGAGAUUGAUCAAACAAGUAAUUCAAUUCAGCACUAAGAACAGGAGUAAAAAUAUGAUUUUAAUGUUAUACCUAUAAAAGUAAAAUAAAAUUAUUAUAAAUUUAGGUGGUAGCAUUAACAGUCUUUCUAUUUUUAUUGGGUGUUAUUUUUAUAAUUUUUGGUUUAGUUUUUUUAAUCAAAAACCCAAACAAAUUUUAAUAAUACAUUUCACUGUUAAUAGUAGGAAGCUUGAUGAUAAUUCCAGGAGUCUAUUAUAGUUGUUUAUUAAUAAAAUUUAUGAGAGCUGAUACUAGAUCUACUUAAUAGAGAAUUUUAAAUGAACUUCCAAUAGAUUGA